ACUAAUCACAGUGAACAGACACACUGCACAAUAUAUAAAAGGGUCUCCAAAAAGAUAUCAGGCUGGAGCUAAGAUGUCAACUACUCCAUUCAGGGCCAUGAAAACUCUCCUGCUUGCAGCUGUCUUAAUGCUUUCCUUCACCAAGCCAGCCAGGGCCAUUCCUAUUCAGGAACCUGCGCCAAAUGAGGAAAGCCAUAAAGACUUGGACAUAGCAAGGGAAUACCUUCAGAACUUCUACAACCUGACAAGCACUACUGCCAGAAGCAAACAUUUAAUACAUUCAAAAAUUAAAGAAAUGCAAGCUUUCUUUGGUCUUAAAGUGACUGGCAAAUUGGAUUCAGACACCAUGGAAGUCAUGAAGAAACCAAGAUGUGGCAUGGCUGAUGUUAAAAAUUUUAAAGCUGCAGAUCGAAUGUCCAGAUGGAACAAAUACAGCUUAACGUACAGGAUUGUGAACUACACCCCUGAUUUGGAUAAAGGAAGUGUAGACCAAGCAAUUCGUAAUGCCUUCCGAGUGUGGAGCAACGUCACUCGAUUGAGGUUCACUAAAGUUUUCAAUGGGACUGCUGACAUUAUGAUUAUGUUUCAGGCAAGAGAUCAUGGAGACGGUCAUCCAUUUGAUGGACCUGGCAAUAUGCCGGCCCAUGCUUUUUUUCCUGGACCAGGCAUUGGAGGUGAUGUACACUUUGAUGAAGAUGAAACCUGGAGUGCUAAUAGUCAAGGUAUAAACUUGUUCCUUGUGGCUGCACAUGAAAUUGGCCAUUCUCUGGGUCUUCGUCAUUCUUCAGAUCCUAAUGCCUUAAUGUAUCCAGCAUACAGUUAUAAAGACCCAAAUGGAUUUCAGCUUUCACAAGAUGACAUUCAAAGGAUUCAGGCUUUAUAUGGGAGAAGAAAAUGAAGUGCUGAAAAAGAAGGAGCGAGUCCCAACUGGAGUAUAUUAAAAUUAAAUGUUUCAUUUCUACCUUUUAUUUUACCUUUUUAUUGCUUUGUAUUGAAUAAAUUCCUUUGUAAACAUCAUGCAAUAGUAUGCAUAUUUGGUUAACAAUGCAAUAAACAUUUUCAUGAAGUAAACUCAGUGUUUCAGGCUUUUCAGAAGAAUAGAUCUCACAAACUCAACAAUUUAUUGUGGUGACACUUAUGUUUUAACUUUUCUUUUCAAACAUUAUAAAUAAA